AUGACGUUUACCGAUGAGCGAUGCAAGGAGAUCUAUAUAGAGCUACGAGAUCUGUCAAGGACUGGUUACAAGAAUCCAGACGGCAGCCCGCGCCUACACAAAGACCCUUCAAUCGAAACCAAGGUUCAAGCGCGCAUGGAAGCUCUGCUCCCAGAUCAUGACAGCCUAGAGAAGUACAAAGCCUGGUGUCGUGAGCGGACCAAGCUCAGUCGACAGCUUCCAGAACCUGCAAGCGCCGACGAGAUCAUCAAGGCCAUAAGAGAAGUGGACUUACUCGACCCAAUUUCACGCGGAAACCUAUGCGACCUACUCGGGACCGACUUGUACUCUCAUAUCGACAUUGGAACGUAUGGCAAGUACCACUACUGUCUGAGGCCAGACCUGUUCCAGUUGAGGCCGGAAGAUCACGACAUUGAUUGGAACGACGCACGCGAGCCGAUGCCUAAUUGUAUCCUUGGUAUCAACCUGUCGAAGACAGUUCCGUGGACGGGAGACAGACGUAAGGAGCACAGCUCGGACGAGUCUAGUACCAGCAACAUCUCCACUGGUAACGAUGGCACCGGGUUCGUAUUCAUGCAACUAGGCAGAGUGUGCUACCUCGAUGACUCCAGAAGGCAGAAGUACCACGACGACGGCAAGUUCCCCAUACAGAUGCCCUGGUUGGACUCCGGCUUCGUUCUCGUUGUAGUAGUCCGAGACGACGGAAGUGCGGGAGCCCCGUGGCUGCUAUUCAACUUCAUGCCAGUACACGAACUGGAGGGCUCCAGGUUCCGCAUCCCGCAGACUGACGACGAGUGGGGGACGCUUCCAGGCUCUGGUCACCAGUACGUUGCCUUACAGAUUGGAGAUCGAAUUAGCGAGCUCCGAUUUGACAAGCAAUGGGUCAUGACGAGCCGGUUUGGUGAAGACUACAGCCCCCAGCUUGUCGCCGUGGUAAAUACGUCAUCUACCUCAAGAGGACAGCUCGUGCGACAAAAGAUCUUUGAGAAUAGUCGUUGA